AUGAAACACUUUGAAUAUCAACAGUGUAUGUUACAAAUCGACUCUGCAAAAGAGGUCUGUUGCAAAGUGAAUGAUGAAGAUUUUCACAUCUGCGGAACUUGCCAAUCAUGUAUCUUCACUUCUAAGCUUUCGGAUUCAACUCAUUGGUUGUGGCGCGCUGGAGACUCGUCCAAACGGAGAUUCCUCACUGGCAUCCUCAUGCGCUGUCAUAGUGUCGACAUUCUUGAAAAUGUUCAAAAUGUUCUUCAAGUGACAUUUGGGAAAGACUUCACCUAUAGUAGGUCUAAACCGAAGCCAAGUUUGCCUAAAGACAUGACCACUUGGAGUUCGGACCGAGCGCUUGAUACAAAAGUUCUUGGUGCGGAAAUGUUGGACACUUGGGAUUGGUUUAGUCGCAGUCACCACUGGAUAAAAUGUAACUAUCUUUUGGGAAUUCUGUCUCUUUGUGACACCGAUCUUCUUCACAUGCUGGGAAACCUAACAAGUGUGCUUUUGGUGAGAGAAAAACGGUCUUUUCUUCAGUUUAACGCUCAGGAUGAUGAACCGGAGGACGAGGCCUCCUCAAUUGCGGAGUCUAGUCACACCUUCAAUUCCCUGGAUCAUCCUGACUUGGAGCUUCUUGUCCGAACCAGUUCCUUUUAUGAUCCAAUAGACCAUGACACUGACUUAAGCACUCUUACUGCUGGGCUGAAGGUUUCCCAUACCUCAGAACUGUCUAAGAACAGGCAGCUUACAUCUGUUACUCCUGGAACCUUAUCGAGCCUUGGCAGAAUGUUCACUAAGGAAGAACAGUGUGAAGCAAGUGACACAGACUCCGAUGACCCUGCUCUCACGGUGGUCCCAAGGUCCUCUAAGUCACUGUCUGGGGUCAGUCGAAACAGAGACUUCAUCCGGGGUCUCCCUGUUCAUAUCGCAAAGUAUAUCUUAGGCUUGCUAGACAAGACCUCUUUGGGCAUCUGCCGAGAUGUCUCCCGACAUUGGCGUUACCUCACAGAGGGUACCCAGGAAGACAUUAACGCCAUAAGAACCAAGCAGAACCAAGCAAUGAUGAUGCAGGGGAGCACUCAUAGUGGACCAAGCCCUGUCUAUGCCAAGAUCCAAGAGAUCCUGGUGCCUCUUCGAGAUGAUGAGAAGCACAUGCACCCUGUUGACUGCUUCUCCAAAGUCCGAAAGGACAGGAGUUUUGAGGCCGUCUACGCGGACGUUCGAACCAAGGUCCUGGAAAUGGAGGAACGGAAUGUGUUCUGCGGAGAGUACAACGUUGCCGUGCUGCUUGACAGGUUAGACAGCUCUCGGGUGGCGGACUACAGCGGGGGGCAGUUGGUGGCCACGGGCUCCAAGGACCGUAGCGUGCGCCUGCUGGACCUGGUGUCCCAGAGGGAGGUGUCCCCCGUCAUCCAGGGCCACGCGGGCAGCAUCCGGGCCCUGCUGCUCUGUGAGCGGAGAGGCCUGCUGAUCAGCGGCAGCUACGACCUCAGCAUCAGGUGUUGGAAUCUAAAGACCGGAGCCUGCCUUGUUUAUCUGUCCGGACACUCGGGCACCAUCAACUGCCUGGACCUGCACGGUAACAGACUAGUAUCAGGUGCCAAAGACUGCCAUGUUAAAGUGUGGAAUUUGCAGACAGGGACGUGCUACAACAAGCUCAAGUUCAAGCACAACAGCCCCGUCCUGUGCGUGAAGUUGAACGAGGCGUUUGUGCUGAGCAGCUGUGAGAAAGGCCUGGUGAAGAUGUGGGACUUGGAGACCGCCUCAGAGGUCAAGGUUAUAGAUGCCCACCAGAGCUCCGUCAAAUGCCUGUUCUUUGACUCUUGGCACAUCCUCUCGGGGGGUUUGGAUGGUCAGGUCAUGGCAUGGAGCACCAACCGUGACAUGGACAGGUGCCUAAUGACCUACUGCCACCCCAAGGAGGUCUUGACGCUGACCCUCCUCUACCUCCGUGUCAUCACCGGAUGCGUGGACGGAAAGAUCCGGAUCUUCAACUUCCUGUCCGGGGAGUGCCUGAGGGUCAUAAGGGCCGGUGGUCAAAAGAGUCCGGUGCAGUCCCUUCACAUCCACAACGACAACAUUGUCGUGAACACACAUAGCAGCGUCAUGCUCUAUCAGUUCGCCAAGAUAGACUGGGACUAUAAGCUGUGCGCUGAGAAGGAUGAGCUGGCGGUCAACACGGGGUCCACUAGGAGCAUACUCCGGAACGUCCCCUAUCCCUCUGUGCGGGCCGAGCGCAUGGCACACGUGGGCACUGCCAACAGGAAGAUUUUCGACAGAGAGGGGACGACGUCUGAAAAGCCUGCCCUGUCACACCACGCCCGGUUCCUGUCUGCCCCCAGCAUGCGGCGGGCACAGGCGGCCCAGCAGGAGUCCCUGAGACCGGCCUCGUGGAGCGAGUUGCAGGGAGCGCGGCGGAGCAUGACCUUCAUAGACCUGCAGCGAGAGUUCAUCAGCCAGCCCCCCUCAGCCCUGGCCCCCGGCAGGCCUGUGAGCGGCUACAGCCGGGACCCCCAGAGCAGGGCCGGCCACAAGGCUAGGACAGCCCCCAGCAGCAGCUCAGCGAGAGAGUCCUUUGUGACCACCAGGUGGGUUAUGACCCAGAGUGAGAAGGCAGUCCUGGAGCGGGUCAAGAAGAGGGGUCCCCAUCGACCCCUGACCUCCGACAACAUCCUGCUGAGGUUGAACAGCGCCAGGAAGCCCACAGACCAGGCGGCCGUCAACAUGGAGCUCAAUGCCAGGGUGCGUGACGCCUGGGGCUCCCCCCCGCCCCCGCCCUCCCCCCCAUCCCCGCAGCACAAGGACCCCCACCCCCCCAAAAAGAAGCCCCACCCCUCACCGCCCCAGGCCUUCCAGGGCAUGACCAAGACCCACGUCCCUCUCAUCACCACGCCCCUGGACCUCAAAACAAGGUUCUCCGUCCACAGGCCGGACGUCCGCUCCAGCCUCCCCUCAGCCACCCUGGUGCGCCCCCAAACAGGCCUGGGCCCUGGAGAGCCUCCGCCUCAGCACCGGCGCCCCCAGAGCUCCCCUAGCCUGGGGAAGGCAGCGCGGAGGGUGGGCGCCUUCACCACGACGGCCCUGGAGGAUUCGGCGGCGCCGCAGCACAUGUUUAUGACGACGAAGUGUGCCCGCCCCGGGCACCGCGUGGACUUCCAGAUGCCGGGCAAGACGACCCCCGCCCACCGGGCUCUGGACCCCUUCAGGGAGCGAGGGGGCUUCAGUCUGCACACUGACAGCCAGCUGGAGGAGGUCCUGAGGGCACAGGCCCAGAGCCAGGAGCGGGACCAGGGGUCCUCUGCUAGGAAGCAGGAGAGGCAGAGGAAGAGGAUGUUGAGGAUGAAGAGGAAAGGUCACCCCAUGACUGACUACACCAAGGAGAACCAGGUGUACGCGCCUGAGCUUGGACCCGAUGCUUACAUCUGA